AUGGGUCAGAGAUUAUCAUUAUUGGCGCCUUCUGCUCCAACGGUUGCGGUAUCAUCAUAUGUUGACGCUUUGGAUAAUUAUCAGUUUGUUGAGCUUCUUAACAAUUCCCGGUUUCUUAAAACGAUCAAAGCUAUUGAUAAGACGAAUGGUUACUUGGUGAUUAUAAAGAUCCUUAUAAAGCCUUCAACGCCAAACUAUACGAUUCAAUUCCAUGGAAUUCUAGAGCUUCUUGUUAAACAAUCCUCGAUAUUGUAUCCAUACAAAAGUACGCUAACGUGGCAUAAACUAAUUGAAACUGAUCGUGCUGGCUAUUUGAUCCGACAGAUGGGUAAAACCAAUUUAUACGAUCGACUAUCAUUACGCCCCUUCCUAGAGCCAAUAGAAAAGCUUUUCAUUACUUUCCAAUUGCUCAAAACAGUCAGCGAAUUGCAUGCAUUGAAUAUACACCAUGGCGACUUACGCUUGGAAAAUAUACUAGUAACAUCUUCUAAUUGGGUGCUUUUAACAGAUUUCGCAAGCUUGACAAAACCUGUGUUUUUACCAGAGGAUAACCCUAACCAGUUCUCCUUUUACUUUGAUAGCUCUGGUCGGAGGGUGUGCUAUAUUGCACCAGAACGCUUCUACAACAGUCUGGAUAACCCAAAAAAUAUCCUGAAUUUCAAUGACGAUGGCGUGUUCAAACUACGACACGUUAUCACUGACGAAAUGGAUUUGUUCAGUUUGGGAUGUGUCCUUGCCGAGCUUUGGCUAGAUGGAGAGCCUACAUUCACCCUCUCCCAAUUAUUCAAGUUUAUGAAAAAUGACUAUGUACCAGAAUUGUCAAAUAUCCCCAACCCAAACAUGAUAAAACUUUUGCAAAAAUUAAUAAGAGUCAACCCGGGAGAGCGCACAGGUGCAAGAGAGCUACUUGAAGAGUUUAAAGGAUUGUGUUUUCCGGAAUUCUUCAACACCUUUUUAUACGGUUUAAUGGAGUCUUUUAAUGAUCAAAGCAAAUUUACAAAUAAAAAUGUACCAGAUGGAAAAACCACAAGCAUUACUGAUAACAAACUAAAUUAUUUAUACAACAAGUACGAUGAAAUUAGCAAGAAUUUGGGAUUUGUGUACGCUCAACAACAACAACAACAACAACAAAAGGUUGUCACCACUGAUCCAUUGCCAAUGAAACUCAACUUACCUGGAAUGCCUCACGAUUACAGAAUUCAACCGAAACGAUACGUUGAUGAGGACGUUUACGAAUCAGCACUCAUCAUUUUAGAUUUGGUGACUUCUUUUUCCAAGUCGCUAAAGUUUGUUGAGUCUAAAGUUAAAUGUUGUGAAUUGAUAUUAUCGUUAUCAGAACAUAUGAAUGACGAAUCUAAAUUAGACCGAUCGCUUCCUUAUUUAUGUUCAAUGUUGGAUGAGUACAUAGAGGCUACUUCUUAUCACCAGGCAUAUGCACAUCAUCAAGUUUCACCAAAGGUGGUUUGCACUGCUGUUUAUGCAAUCACCAGUCUUGUUAUGUCCUGCUCCUACAUUACCCCUAUUAAUGUGCUUCUUUUCCCAGAAUACUUACUACCCAAGAUUUAUGCACUUCUUAAUCUCAAAACAGACCCUCAUUCGCAACGGUUGGUUAAUGGGUGUGUUGCUGCUUGCUUGCCCUACUUGGCUGUUGUUGCAAAGAAAUUUUGGACAAUGUCUAAAGCCUUCAAAGCAACAUAUUCAACGAAUGCGGCUAGCUUGUUGCCUGAUGAGGUGAUAAAGUCGGUGACUAUGAUGAACUUGUCUAAAGACCAACUCGUUCAGAAAUUCAAAGACUUGACUUUGUUACUCUUGACAGACUCAGAAGCAUCUGUUAAGGUGAGUCUCCUCGAAAACAUUUUACCACUUUGUCAAUUCUUUGGCAAGGACAAAACAAACGAUAUAAUUUUACCACAUUUAAUAUCAUAUUUGAAUGAUCCAAACCCAACGCUACGAUUGGCUUUCCUUUCAGCUGUGCUUCAAAUGGGUCCAUUUAUUGGGGCAUUAUCUUUUGAGCAAUACAUUUUACCACUCUUAAUCCAAACAGUUGGCGAAGGAGAUCAACUUGUUAUUUUGAAAGUGCUUGAAAUCUUUAACUUUUUUGUUCUGGAAAAACUCAUUAAUGCCAGAUUGGAAUUCAAUGCUCUUGAGAUUUAUACGGAGUUACUAUCAAGCUCAAUUUAUUUAUUGUUACACCCUAAUGAGUGGAUAAGACAAUCCUUGAUGAGUUUGAUCAUUUCAAUAAGCAACAAUCUUACCGAUGCGGAUCGCUAUUGUUUUCUAUACCCCUUGAUUAAAGGAUACUUGGUUUAUGAUGUAUUCAAAAUAGAUUGGAACACUCUUUACCCGAGCCUCACAAGACCCAUUAGUAAACAAGCAUUUGAUAUGGCGAAUACUUGGGCUCUCAAUUUUACAAGCAAGUCCUUGUUUUGGCAACAAAAGAGUUUUUCCUUAUUGCAACAACAACAACAGCAUAAGCAUCAUCAUCAUCAUCAUCAUCAUCAUCAUCAACAACAACAACUGCAGCAUCAAUAUCAAUAUAAUUCGGAUGGGCAAUCCAAAAGAAGAGUGAUUGCGUUUUCGAAAAAUAUGGGAAAGUCGGUUUAUUUGCCUAAAAUGAGUACAGUGAUAUCUUACAAUAGUGGAAGAAGCAAGGAGAAUGUGCCAUUGAGUUCCGAGGACAAGCAGUGGCUUUUGAAAUUGAAAUCUAUUGGUAUUGGCGAUAAAUCUCUUUGGAAAUUAUUUGUUUUGAGAGACUACAUAUAUCGUGUUAGUAGAAUAACACCUACACAAACAUCGCAUUUUGAGCAGACUACAGUUACUCCAAGAAACGUUUUUUUAGAUGUAAUCUACAAAACGGAACCUGUUGUUUCAGCAAAUGAGUCCCAUCACAAUGAAAAAAAGAUCAUUUGUAAAUCGGGGGAUGCUGUUUCCGUUAAAAGUAUUGAGCACAGUCUAGAGCAUUCAUUGGUGUUACCAAACAUGGAGAGAGUUACUGCUUCGGUUCAAACUGUUGAAGCCAAUGUUUUUGGUGAAAUGGAAUUGAGUAAUGGUAUCAGCUCAAAACCGUCGUAUCUUAGCGAUCCCUCAUUUAGCCAUAAAACCUUCCACGUUAGCGAGUCGAGAAUAAUAACCUCGUAUGUAAAGCAUACCUAUACCGGAUCGAACCCAUUCAUUUUGAAGUACUUGCAAAAUUUAAAACUAACCGCUACAUUGGAAGAUUUCCCAGUCUUUGGUAAAGUGGUAAAAGCGCGGACCUCAUCCACCGUUGAAGAGGAGAUGAAAGAACCGAAUAUAUUCGAUUUGAAUGUACGCAGAACUAGCGAGGAUAUUGAUGCUUUUACAUGCUUGACUAUGUCGCCAACUCUAGAGUUUUUUGUUACUGGUUCCGAGAAUGGGGUCGUUAAGAUUUGGGACAGCUUAAAGUUGGAAAACAUUACAAGGGCCAAAAACUCUAAUCAGUCGAUUGAAUUCAACUCGCGAAUUACAUCGUUGACAUUUCUCAAAAAUAGAUGUUGUUUGAUUGUCACUACUAGGGAUGGAAUGAUUCGAAUAUUGCGCAUUGAUGUAUUGGAAAAUAAGAAUAAAAAGAUCCAAAAAAUCUUGAAACCGGUGGUUAUCAGACUGAUAUUGGCAGCAGAUUCGUUCAUUACUCAUGUUCGUGUAACUGAUAAUUUGAUGUGCUGUGCCGAUUACCAACUGAAAAUUAAUGUAUAUGAUAUGACUACUAUGGAUAAGUUAUAUUCGUUGCAGAAUCCAUUAUCAUAUGGACUUGUGACAAGUCUCAUUGUUGGUGAAGCAGAGCAUAGUUGGGCCAUCAUCGGCACAAAUAGCGGAUAUUUAACGUUGUUGGAUUUGAGAUUCAAGAUUCUUGUAAAAUCGUGGAAUAUCGAAGUCACAAACAGCAAUCAAGGAAAUACUACGGUUCCCAUUUUUUUCCCUCAUCAUCAUCUUUCUACAAACGAAGCAGGCUUGACUGAAAAAUUGAUUGAAAAACUCAACUUAUACAGAUGGAUACAUGUUUAUUAUAUGGUUAAACGAAACAGAGAAGAUGAACAUGAGACCGAGACGCAUACCAAUACUAUUGCCUUGAAUGAAGCAUCUUCUUUUUCUUAUGUGGAGUGUCUUUAUUGUGGUUCGAAAUAUGUAUCGUAUUUGGACUGCGAAUCUCAUAUCAUGAUGUCUCAUCAAAAUAGAUGCCUUUCAUGUAGUAAAGUGUUUCCCAACGAGCACAUUUUAAACUUGCAUAUUGACGAGGUGCACAAUGUAUUCUUGCGUAUCAAAAGAGAACUGGGCCAAGCCACACUCUGCUGUUUUUCAGAACUUUGUUCACAGCAGUUUAGUUCAUUAGAACAGAGACGCUUGCAUUUGAUUGAAAAACACAAUUAUCCUAGCGACUAUCCAUUUAGUAUUACAAGCACCGGUAUAUAG